AUGAACUCUGCUAUGGAAGGCGUUGUUUCUUCACGAGAAUCAUUUCACGAAGCAGACCAAAGAAUUGGAAUGUUCCAUAACGGCAUCGGAAACGACAGCAGACAAAGAGAACCCACUUACGAGCAUCCCCCUGCUUCGCCGAUAGACCGCGAGACUUUAGCGCAGGAUACAACCAUGGAGACGGCCAAUGGAGACGGCACUGAGCCCGUUGCAGCCAUAUCUUCCCACAAAGAUGUGUUAGUGACCUCUGGUCAAAACGCAGGACAAGACGAGUUACCUUUGGCAGGAGGAAGGAAAGGUCAGCUGAAACAGCAAACGGACCUUGCGGUUACUUUGGUGCAUGGUGAUGCUCUGAUACUUCAAGGUGAUGACUUUGAGGAAAUUCUGAUUGGCACUCAAGCUGCAGCAGCAAGUGAUGGAGACAUGUCAUGCGGAGGGCCAGAACUAGGGCAAUCGAUUCCGAGUUCUUCUUGGAAUCCACUGGGAAUUUCGCGCGUUAGCGAAGACGUAGAAAUUGAAGAACCUCCAGAUGCUACUGACCCGUUGACGGCACUGUUUGACAUGUAG